AUGCUUCCUCUUCACCAAUUACCCGAUGGCAUUCAAACGACCCGGGAACAGGCUGUCGCCGAGCCCUCGGGCGCCCGGGUCGUUGCCAAGCCAGUGCCAAAGGCCCAGCUAGAAGAUCCUCGUGGCUACCAGCUCGGGCAGGUCAAGAAGCGCUUUUCACCUAAAGAAACUACCACUGCAGACGGCAGCACAUCUCUGGUCUUCAAGAUAAGCCCGUCUGAUCCAGAUUUCCCCUUUGAGCUGGCACAGCUGCAUUGCGAUUUAAUCGUGCCCAAGGGCUACCCCGCAAAACGACCUGUGUUACGGGUUACCAAUAAAGAUAUCCCCAGAGGCUUCAGCAUCAAUGUCGAAAAGGGGUGGGAUAAGUUGGCAGAGGAAAGAAAAGCGUCCACCCUGCUAUCAUUGAUCAACGCUCUGGAUAAGAACCUGGAAAUGUUCUUGUCUGAGCAAAAGGUCGAGACAGUCAAACUUGUUACUUUCAAGGAUACAAGGCAUCUUCAGCAGGAGCACGAAAAGGCACAAAAGGCUGCGGCCGUGUCAAAAAAUGUAGCCAAACCAGCUACAGUAUCCAAGCCUCAAUCAAAACCCUACGUCCCGGAGAAAAAGCACUCCAGGGAGGAAGUUGCUGUUGCCAAGGAACGGAGAGCGCAAGAGGUGCGCCAGCUCGAGGCUCGCAUGGGGAGACUGCCUCUGUAUCGCCGCUCGGCAGAUGGCGUCGUUUUUACGCUCCCGCUAGAGCCGAAAAAGAGGGCAGAUUUACCCGAGGGUCUUCGUUCCGUCAACAAUAUUCAUCUCAUUGUUCCUCUACUCUAUCCACUCCAAGACAUUCGAGUCCAGCUCAACGAGGCCGACGCCAAAGACGCCGAGCCUGUCGAAGAUUUGUUUGUUCAAAGAGCAGCCGAUCAAAAGCAGAUGAAUCUCAUGGGCCACGUCAACUACCUGGCACAGAACCUUCACCUCUUAGCCAAGAUGGCGCAGUUGAACGCGGCAAAGACUGAGACGUCCGAGCCGCAGGAGACCAAGCCCGAAGUAGCGGAGGAACAAGGCUCCGUUGGCGAAUCUGACGCUGAAAAGAGCCAUAUUCAGUACAUCCCACGACCUCCCGAGUGGACCAACGGAAACGAUAGUGGAAGCUCAGAGGAAGAAGAAACCAGCAGUUCAGACGAUGGUGGUGCGGAGCUAGAAAAGGGGCAAGAACAGUCGUCGGCCAUUGCCAACCUAGAUGCGCCCGAGCAUGGUACCAUGAUCUCUUUCCCGUCUAUUGAGCUUCACGGAUUGGAGUUGCUACAGGUUUCGAUACUAAGCCUGACCAUCAAGUGUGACCGCUGUCGCACUCUCAAUGACUUGACUGGCAUCAAGCCCGGGACCGAGAAGGCUGGCAGCUGCAAGAAAUGCGCCAGCGCAUUUUCCGCCCAGUACAAUCCGCAGUACGUCCACGAGCAUUCUUCUAGGGCUGGCUUCAUCGAUCUCUCUGGCUGCAAGGUUGCAGACAUGCUGCCGAGUACCUUUGUACCUACAUGCGGACGCUGCUCUACGCCCAGCCAUGGACUCGUCUCCGUCCGCGGUGAAACGAUGACGAAUGUGUGCCGCGAGUGCCACUCCAAGUUUACCUUCAAGAUCCCCGACGUCAAGUUUCUCUUCAUUACGCCCGGCACGCUCCCGCCCCCGACGUCUGGCCCCAAACGCAAGACCGAGAAGCUCGGUCUGCACGCGGGCGAGCCGUUGCCCAACCGUGGUGCGUGCAUGCAUUACCGCAAGUCGUACCGCUGGUUCCGUUUCUCCUGUUGCAACAAGGUCUUUUCCUGCGAUCGCUGCCAUGAAGAAGCCGAGGACCACCCCAACGAGUGGGCCAACCGCAUGAUCUGUGGCUGGUGCAGCCGCGAGCAGAAUUACGCCGUGGACGAGUGCAAAUUUUGCGGCCGCGGGGUCAUUGGAAAGAAGGGCAGAGGCUUUUGGGAGGGUGGCAAGGGAACGAGAGACCAGCGCAUGAUGAGCAGGAAAGAUCCCCGCAAGUUUAAGCGUAUUGGUACCCAGCCCGGCGCCAAGAAGUCGUGA